AUGGUUUUGGCCCAGUGUGCCUUGCUCUUGGUUGUCGACCUAAUGUUUACAGGUUUUAAAGAUAAUGCUGUGAAUUUGCUAGCAUAUAGAGCCUGGCUAGCUACACUCAUGCGGCGAUUUGUCCUAUCGUCUACAAAUAAAGAUUGCCUGUUAUCUACAGAGAUGAACAAUGUUCAAUCCCAAAAUCAAUGGCAGUCCUGGAUUCGUUGCGAGUCGGCAAGACGGCUGGCAUACUGUUUUGCUAUCGUGGACUGCUUGUCAUUCAUCUUCUUGGGAGUCGACAUUUCAUUUACUGCAGGGGAUUACGGACAAAAGCUUCCUUCGUCCGAUAUUCUGUGGAAAACGCGCAACGAAGAUCAAUGGGGCAGUUUUUCAGAUCUUUUGAAUGGUCAAUCUCGAUUCCCCGGCCUUAAAGCAUUCAUGGCUAACAAGUUUUAG